GGGAGUGUUCCCUGGGCAAGGCGCUGUGGAGCCCACCCAGCCUGACGUGGGGCCAGAGGGACCUGGACUGAAGUAGCAACAACUGGGCCUCCCUGGGUGGGUCAGAAGGAUGUCCUGGGCUGCUCUUCACAGGGACCCUUUUCACCACCCUGCCUGCUCCUAACCCUGCCACCUUCCCUUUUAGUAUAGGCCCUGACACUGCUCAAGACCUGGUGCAGAGCUUCUAGGGGCUGGGCCGAGACUUGAAGAGCUGAUAACCUUCCCCAGCGGGUCCUCAUGGAGUCACCCUAGGCAGCUGUCCUGCCCCCAAAGCAAGGGCAUCAUUCCUCAGCUGACGCUGGUCUUUCUUGCCCUCCAUCCCCUGUCCAGCACCAGGUCAAGGACAGUGCCCUGGCAACAAGGUUUGGUGAGGGGCUGGUCCUCAAAGGCAUGGGGGUGGGUGGUGGAGUAGGCCUCAAUCUUGACCUUCGUUGCCCUGUUGGGUCAGCUCCCCAUAACUGGUUUAGUUUUAGUUUUUUUUUGGGCAGUGGGAAUCUGUCUCCACUUUAUCUCCUUCCCUCUGCUGCCAGUUAUUGGGGUGAUAGUUUUCUUUUUCCAGGACCAAGGCCACAGGGCUGGGCCAGGCUCCAAGCCAGGGCUGCUUCUAAGCCAGGGUCACUCUGGGGAUCUGCUGCUCUGCAUUCACGUCUGGACCUUUCUGGGUCUAGGUUUUCUGAGGCACGGGAGACGGUGGCCUCUGAGGUCUCAAUUACCACCUUCACAUUCCCCAAACAGGAAAGGAACCAGGUGCCCCAGGGCCCCUGCCCCACUGCUCCGAGGGCUGGGCUGGCUGGCCGCAGAGGUGAGGCUCAAAGAGAACAGGGUUGCUGGAGCUCACCCAGCAGGCCUGAGCUGCUGGCGCGUCUGUGCCCCCCGUACCCCGGCACCGAGACUGGCAUGUCUCACGGGCUGGUGCUUCCUCCUGCAUCGCCCACCGACCCCUGCCCGUCGUCUUCACCCCGGCUCCUGGAUGAGUGGGGGCUCAGUUCAUAGUCAGACUCCCACGUGCGCUGAGCAGACCUGCUCUUAAAGAGGGGGUGAUGGAAGGGCCCUUGAAGGGUGGGGAUGAGUCCCCAGACUCCCAAGGCCACGCCGCCGACUGGAGGUUUGCUGUAUGCACUUUUAGGGAUGCCUUGGACGAGGAGGAACUUGCUCCCCAGGGACAGGUCAAGGGCCCUGGGCCUCCAAGACCACCAGCAGGGGCAGCUCAGGGUGAAGGGCUACAUGGCAGCUGCCUGCCUGGGGACCUGCAGUCACCCCCAGGGCAGAUGGCUGCAGAUGGGUCAGGGGAUGGCCAGAGGGGCAUAUUAGGAGGUUCUUCAGUCCAGUCAGAAGAACCAGCCACUUCUGAUGUGGAGAGCCUCCUGUGCCCAAUGUCCGUGCACCUUAGCCUGGCACAGGGAGAGAGGGACAGCCCUGGGGGAGGCUUGGCAGGGGACCCAGUUCCAGGCAGGCCAGUGCCGGUCAGCUUGGGCGGUGGGGAGUUGGAUAACAACUCUGUGAAUCUUGGAGACUCCUUAUCUGAGACCUCGUCAGAGCUGCUGGAGGCAGACCCCAGCAAAUCCCAGGACUGCAGUAAAUCCAAAUUUCCUAAGCCGGCUGACUACCUCCUGGCCCAAGACCUCACCUGGGAGCUGCUGUCCAGUGGCAUGGCUGCCUUGCCAGGAACUCGGGAUGUAAACGGCCGGGCAGUACUGCUUCUGUGUGCCCACAGCCCAGCCUGGCUUCACCCCAAGUGCAGCAGCCAUGAAGUCAUCCGCCUUUUGCUGUACCUGAGAAGCAUCCCCAGGCCCAAAGUGCAAGCCUUGGGACUGACGGUGCUAGUGGAUGCCCAAAUUUGUUCCCCGAGUUCUUCCCUCUUCUGGGGGCUUAGCCAGCUGCAAGAAGCAGCCCCAGGGUCAGUGCACCAGGUACUGCUUUUGGGAAAAAUGCCAGAGGAGAUACCUUCAGCACUGCAGCUAGAGCAGCUGCCCUCGUCUGAGAGCUUGCUGACACACAUCUCUGCUUUGGGGUUGCCUGCUUCACUGGGAGGAGGCUUACCUUACUGCCACCAAGCCUGGCUGGACUUCCGGAUGCGUCUGGAAGCCCUGUUGCAGAGCUGCCAGGUGGUUUGUGCCCUGCUUCAGGGGGCCAUCGAGAGCAUGAAAGCUGUGCCCCAGCCUGUGGAGUCUGGGGAAGUCAGUCAGCUGCUACGGCAGGCACAGGUCCUGAUGCAACACGUGUUAGAUUCGCCACGGCUGGCAUGGCUGCAAUGCCAGGGGGGUUUGGAGCUGUCAUUGCUGAAGCAGGAGGUCCCAGAGGUGACCCUAAGCCCAGACUACAAGCCGGCGGUGGAUGAGGUGGACAAGCUGUAUGGCCAUGUGGAUGGACUGCUGCACCAGCUGACCCUGCAGAGUAACCAGCGCAUACAGGCACUCGAGUUGAUCCAGACACUGGAGGCCCAGGAGAGCGGGCUGCGCCAGAUUGAGAUGUGGCUGCAGCAGGUGGGCUGGCCUGCACUGGAGGAGCCAAGGGAGCCCUCACUAGACAUGCUGCUCCAGGCCCAAGGCUCAUUUCAGGAGCUGGACCAGGUAGCCCAGGAACAGGUCAGGCGAGGAGAGAAGUUUCUACAGCCACUGACUGGCUGGGAGGCAGCUGAACUGGGCCCCAGGGGUGCCCACUUUCUGGCUCUGAAAGCCCAACUGACUGAAUUCUCUAGGGCUGUGGCCCAGCGGCGGCAGCGACUGACAGAUGCUGAAAGGCUGUCACGUUUCUUCAAGCAGGCUUCCACAUGGGCUGAGGAGGGGCAGCGGGUAUUGGCAGAGCUGGCACAGGAGUGCCCUGAGGUCGUGCUCCAACAGCUGCAGCUGCACUGGACCAAGCACCCUGACUUGCCUCCUGCCCAUUUCCGAAAGAUGUGGGCUCUGGCCACGGGGCUGGGUUCUGAGGGUAUCCGCCAAGAGUGCCGCUGGGCCUGGGCACGAUGCCAGGACACCUGGCUGGCCCUGGACCAGAAGCUAGAAGCUGCGCUAAAGCCACAACCAUCAGCAGGCAGCACAGCCAGCCUAGGUGUCAGCCAGGUCCCAGGUGCGCCUGCCACCCCUCCUCCGAGGAAGGCUUAUAGCCUUGAUCGAAACCUGCGGUGGAGUCUCAGCAAGUCUGCCCGCUCCUGCCAUCAUGCGGCAGCCACUGUGACUGCUGGCCAUGGACCAGAGCCUGGAGGCGGUGCCCAGCCAGGGUCAUAUUGCACCAUGCAGCCACCAGGCAGCCCUGACCCUAGGAGCUCAAGCAGGCUCCAGCUGGUGCUGGCAGAGAUGGUGGCUACAGAGCGGGAGUACGUCCGUGCCCUGGAUUACACCAUGGAGAACUACUUCCCUGAGCUGGAUCGCCCUGAUGUGCCCCAGGGCCUCCGUGGUCAGCGCACCCACCUCUUCGGCAACCUGGAGAAGCUGCGGGACUUCCACCGCCAUUUCUUCCUGCGUGAGCUGGAGGCUUGCACCCGGCACCCGCCCCGUGUGGCCUAUGCCUUCCUGAGACAUAGGGUGCAGUUUGGGAUGUACGCACUCUACAGCAAGAAUAAACCUCACUCUGAUGCCCUGAUGACCAGCUAUGGGCACAGCUUCUUCAAGGACAAGCAGCAAGCGCUGGGGGACCGCCUGGACUUGGCCUCCUACCUGCUGAAGCCCAUCCAGCGCAUGAGCAAGUAUGCCCUGCUGCUGCAGGAGCUGGCACGGGCCUGUGGUGGGCCCGUGCAGGAGCUCAGUGCCCUGCAGGCUGCCCAGAGCCUCGUGCACUUCCAGCUGCGCCACGGCAAUGACCUCCUGGCCAUGGAUGCCAUCCAGGGCUGCGAUGUUAACCUCAAGGAACAGGGGCAGCUGGUACGGCAGGAUGAAUUCAUGGUGCGCUGUGGGCGCCACAAGUCCCUACGCCGCAUUUUCCUCUUUGAGGAUCUGUUGCUCUUCAGCAAGCCUCGUCGAGGACCCACAGGCGUUGACACAUUUGCAUACAAGCGCUCUUUCAAGAUGGCAGACCUUGGCCUCACUGAGUGCUGUGGGGAUAACAACCUGCGUUUCGAGAUCUGGUUCCGUCGUCGCAAGGCCAAGGACACCUUUGUGCUGCAGGCCACCAGCUUGGCCACCAAGCAGGCUUGGACAGCUGACAUCUCCCGCCUGCUCUGGAGGCAGGCUGUCCACAACAAGGAGUUGCGCAUGGCUGAGCUGGUGUCCAUGGGUGUGGGGCGCAAGGCUUUCUGGGACAUCGCCCCCAGCGAGGAAGCUAUCAAUGACCGCACCGUCAACUACGUCCUAAAGUGCCAAGAAGUUCGCUCUCGGGCCUCCAUUGCUGUGGCUCCGUUAGACUAUGACAGUCCCUACCUGGGGGCCUCGAGCUCGCUUCCUGGAGACCCUGCUUCUUGCUCUGUACUGGGCUCCCUCAACCUGCACCUGUACAGGGACCCUGCUCUUCUUGGCCUCCGCUGGCCCCUGUAUUCCACCAGCUUCUCCGAGGACUCAGCACUGGAGGCAGAAGCAGAGCUGGGUAGCCAGCAGUCUUUGACUCCUGAGGAUUCAGAGGUCUCCUCCCAGUGUCCGUCCGCCAGUGGCUCCAGUGGCUCUGACAGCAGCUGUAUGUCAGGGCAGGCCCUGGCCAGAGGCCUGGAGGACUUAUCCUAUGUCUGAGCCUGGGCUCGAAGGCAGGGGGUGGAUCCAGCAGCCUCUAACUUCAGGGAACACCACCUCUCUCUGGAUCUGCGGUGACCAGGGCAUGACUGGCACCUGAGACACCUCCAGCCCACACCCUUUUUGAUGUCUGUGCUCACUGGACACACUGGUGGGGGCCUCUCCAGAGGAGUCUGGCAGCAGAGCCUGAAUGAACACCCUGGCCCAUGUGCCCUUCUUUCAGCUCCUCCUCUGCUAGGGGUUAGGAUUAGGCUAGAGCAGAAGAUAGGUGUUUCCAUGCUAUAGGCUGGAGGGGACACCAAGUGGCUCUGGCAGGGACUGGGCUGCCCCACCCCUCAGGAGGAACAUAGUUGUGUUUCCAGCAGCUGCUUCUCAGGCCCCGGUCUCAGCCAAGUUCCCCAAAUUUAGGAGUAAGCCCAGUUCUACGUAACCUUACUCUCACCUACCCUGGCUCCCCCAACACAGCCCCUUUUUUCAUGGGUCGGUUGGCUUUAUUGACUCAGCUUUCAGUUAGAGUUGUCUAAGAUUAUUUCACUGUUGUGUCUUUAGCAUCCCAGAGAAGUAGUCCAGGCCCUUGACUUGUGAUUUACUCUUUAUUGUUCAUAAUAAAAAUAGACUGCUACACACCCUUGCAUGGGCACUUGCAUUCU